AUGUUUGUUCUCGGCAAAACCACUGCUGGUGAAGCAGCAGAAUUUGUGAUCAAACCCCUGAGUUUUGGGAUUGCGACAAUAAUUGUGGCAGUGCCUGUUGGACUAUCUAUUGCUGUUCUCUUGAACGUUGCAAAUACAACGAGAAAAAUGAAGACAGACAACGCUUUGGUGCAGACACUCUCUUCUUGUGAAACAAUGGGGUCGGUUACAACUAUUUUGUGUCAUAAAACUGGCAUUUUGACUUUGAAUGAGAUGUCGGUGGUUGAUGUUUGCGCUGGAGGUAUAAGAAUGCAGGAUAUGGAUGAUGUUUCACAGCUGCCCCCACUGCUUAAAGAGCUAUUAAUAGAAGGCAUUGCCCAAAACACAAAUGGUAGUGUUGUUUUUGAAACGGGAGUGGUUGAACCAGAGGUUUAUGGAUCACAAACAGAACAAGCCAUUCUUAUCUGCGAUCCCACAGAGAUUGAUGAACAGCAACGAAAGUUAUUUGAAGAAACGAUUGAAAACAUGUGUAAGGGACGCAUGCGUUGUGCUGCACUUGCUUAUCGACGCUAUGAACCGGAAAGUCUUCCAACCAUUGAGGAACUUUCUAGACUACCUCAGAACCUUGUUUUGUUGGCUAUUAUUGGUAUAAAGGAUCCUUGCCGGCCAGGCACAAGGGAUGCGAUCCAACUGUGUAAUUCCGCAGGUGUUAAGGUUUGCAUGGUGACGGACGAUGACGUUUUGACUGCACAAGCAAUAGCAAUGGACUGUGGGAUACUAGAGGUUACAUUAGGGAUUGAUGAUGUAAGGACAGGAGCUCAAUUUCGGGAGCUUUCCGAUGAAGAAAGAGAUCAGAUUGCCGAAAACAUCUUAGUUCUUGCUCAAGCCACUCCCAGCGACAACCUUCUGCUUGUCAAAGCUCUGAAGAAAACAGGGCAUGUAGUUGCAGCCACGGGGAUGGGAAUACAUGAUACAAUGACACUACGUGAGGCGGAUGUUGGCCUUGCAAUGGGAAUUGGAGGGACAGCAGCAGCAAAAGAGAGCUCCGAUAUCAUUAUAUUGGAUGACAGUUUUGUCACGAUUCUCAAGGUUAUUCAAUGGUGUCGAUCUCUAUACACCAAUAUCCAGAGAUACGUCUUAUUCCGGCUCACUGUCACUGUAUCAACCGUGGCUAUCUGUGUGGUUGAGGUUGUGGUUUAUGAUGCAUUUCCACUUUUCGCCGUCCAGCUUCUGUUGCUUAAUCUUAUUGUCGACAUCUUUGGAGCAUUAGCGUUGGCAUACAGACCAACACCUCAGCACCUAAUGGGAAAGCCACCAGUUGGUAUAAGAGACCAUCUUAUAACCACGACGAUGUGGUGCAAGUUGGUGAUACAGGUGAUUUACCUAGUGCUGAUUCUGGCGCUCAUAAAUUCUGACACGUUACUGAAGUUGAAGCAUGGGAAUACGGGUGAUGCUGAAAAAGUGAAGAACACAUUUAUAUUCAAUUCCUUGGUCUUCUGCUUGGUUUUUGGUGAGUUUGAGAUCAGAAGUGGAGACCAAACCUUGAAAGAAAUCCUUAGAGACAAUAUGUUUCUCAUUACAAUAGGCUCAACUAUUUUAUUUCAGAUAAUCGUAACACAGUUCCUGGGGAUUUUCAUAUCUGGCGUUAGGCUUGACUUCAAAAAUUGGGUCUUGGCAAUUCUUGUGGGACUUGUCAGCCAAGCCGCCACUCACUUCCCUUUGCAAGCAUUUCAGUAUCUCCAAAACGUCAUUCUCGCAUUGGCUUUGACCGUGCCUUUCUUCGGCUAUAUCUUGAGCCUCACGGGAUCGUUGGUUAGUGUCACGAUCGCUGUCAUAUUACCGUCUGCUUUCUACUUGAAGAUUUGCUGGGACGAGAUGUCGAAGUUCAAGAGAGUCGCGAAUCUCGGGUGCCUUCUUGGAGUUUUGGGAUCGUUUGAUUCCUCUAAGUCGCUUGUCAAAGAGCUUGUUCGCGUUCAUGGAGCCAACCCUCCACUAGGACCACCACCAGUGUCAGCCGGAGAUCUGGAAACCCGACCCGAGGAAAACCGGGAAGGAUCCGGUGAUCUUGAUAUUCCUGUAGCCAUGCAUGUACGUAGAUGGUGCCGAGGACGAAUAAAGUAA